AUGCCUUCCGACCUGUCAUAUUGGCUCAUAUCGUCUCCAUUGAAAGAUGGGGAUCCUAAUAUCAUGCUCAACGAAGUGACCAACGCUAUUGGGAAGGAUGUCGAGGCGGCCUCAUGGGAGAUACCAGAAUUGAAGGCAGGAACGUUAUCAUCCCUUUUAACCCUUUCAGACACUUUACCGAAGCUAGACUCCCAAUUCACAACGACAGUCUCAAAGUUAUUGGACACUUUACGUACACUCGUCUCUGAAGAUUCGGCAAAAUUGGCUCAACAUGCUAGAGUCAACGAUAGACCCGCCGAGGAGUUUCUGUUAGGCGGUGGAGGAGGAUUCAGAUGGGACAAAGGACGUUGGGGAAGUGGGGGCAAAGUAUUGGAAGUGGUGGAUGCUCUGACCAAGGAAAUGAACGCUAUAGAUUCAACUCAAAAACAAAAAUCACAAUCAUACAAUCUCGCAAAAGGUAGUUUAACAACUCUCCAACGUAAACAACAGGGAAACUUAUCGCAAAGAUCUUUAACCGAUGUAGUGAAGAGGAAUGAUUUGGUGGAAGAUAGCGAGUUCUUAGAAACCCUUGUCGUAGCUGUGCCCAAGAAUCUUCAGAAAGACUGGGCGGACAAAUACGAGAGACUAACUAGUAUGGUUGUACCUCGAAGCUCACAACAAAUCGCAUCGGACGAUGAUUAUUUCCUUCAAACUGUUACUGUGUUCAAGAAGAUAAGAGAUGAGUAUAUACAUAAAUGCAGAGAGAACAAGUUUAUCGUGCGAGAUUUUAAGUGGGAUGAAAGCGCCUUAGAGAAGCAGAAGAAGGAGAUGGCGGAAUUAGGUGUUGAAGAGAAGGAAUUAUGGACCGAGCUCCUUCGACUUACUCGAAUAAACUUCUCAGAAGCGUAUCAAAUCCUCGCUCACCUCAAGACAGUCAGACUGUUCGUUGAAAGCGUGUUGAGGUAUGGCUUACCAGCAGAUUAUGCAGGUGUCAUCGUCAAGCCUGAACCGAAGACAGCUGUUAAAACCCUCCGAUCAUUAUCGGAUCAUUACAAUUAUUUAGCAUCUUCAUCUCGUGGACCAUCAACCAAGAAAGGUAAAUCAGGUGGUGUGACUGCUGGGGGUGAGGAUGUAGGUGGUGAAUGGGCAAGUGUGAUGGAAGCUGAAUAUUACGAUUUUGUAUUGUUUGAAAUACCAAAAGUUAUUACCUGA